AUGCUAUGCGUAUUCUUCCUCAUCACCAUGCAGAAGAUGCUGCGACCGUUGUUCUCUGUUACCAGGACCUCCCCCAAGGCGAACCCCCGUAAUGCGCGCGGUUCGCAAAAUGCGUCCGCGCUGCAAUCACUGCAAGGACAUAAAAAGGAUUUGCCGAGGACGAACGGGCGAAGCGUGCAUCGCAUGUCAACAGCUGUGCAGUUAUGCGUUAAUACAACAGUUCGAAUUAAUGCGGAAGAACAAGCCGUUGCCGAGUCUGAAUAUUAUGACUCCUCCGAUGCCAAUGCAUCUGGGACGGAGUCCGAAUCUUCUGCUCCUCCGAUGACAACGCAUCCGACACCGGUUUUAGAUCACAAGCCUUCUAACUGGGUCGACAAGCCGAAUAGGACGAAACGCGGACGAACAGAUGACGACGAUGAAGUGAUCGUCUUAGAUCGCAGGCCAGACGAUUGGAUAGAUAAGAUGCCGGGUCGGAUUAAAACGGAGUCGGCUUGGCUAGAGGAAGAGAUGAAGGACGUCCAGAAGCAUAUACACUCAGGAGAUGCGCGAGUAUUAUAG